AUGGAUAGUUCAGAAAAUCACAUAUUACAAUUAUAUACUUCAUUUGCAUCAGCUUCUUUAUUUAUCCAGUCAAGUACGUCUCGUCUUCAAUUUCUUCUGGAGACUGCUCGUUUUCCUUUUGAAAUUGUUGAUCUUGCAUCCAAUCCAGCGGCAAAGGAACUUUGGAGUAGUUCUAAUAAUGGAAAAUCUCUUCCUGCAGUUAUUAAAGAAGGAAAAAUUCUUGGUAAUAUUCAUGAUAUAGAAAAUGCAAACGAAAAUGGAUUAUUAAAGGAAGUACUUACGGGGAGAGCAUGUUUAUAA